UUGUAAUUGAAAAGCGCCAGGUUUAACUGUGGACUUGCUCGUGCCCAACGCGGCGAAUAAGUAAGGCUAGGCAUUAUCGCGCACAUGUGGUUGCACUAUGGCUGAAAGUUUGAACAUUGAUUUCGUUCCACCGAAGUUAUAUGUACCAUGCACUGAACGAAUUUCCGCUUACUCCAAAAAUCAAGUUUCCUGUCUGGGGAAGUUGCGAAGAACUUGGAGUUAUCGGAAUAAAGAUAUACUUAUAUGCCAUAUGACAUACAUUCGAUUCAGAAAUCAAUUGCGCAAAUUCCUUUUUUUCAAGUCGUUCUCUUCUGUUCGACGCAGUCUAGCGCAACUUUGUGACGGUCCUAUCCUAAAUGGGAUUUCAAAUUUUUGUACUAUGUCCUUAAAAUGUAAAAAUGAACAUUGUGUGAGUGGACAUACUUUGGACCACACACUAGUUUGCUUGAUUCAAUUGUAUAAAAAAACAGAAAUAUUGCUAACCCGCUUAAAUUCCUGCUGGAGAUCAUGUGAAGCACAGUUUACCACCGGACACUUUACCAAAGUCCUCUUAUUAAUAAUGUCAGUUCUUGCAAGUUUAAGAGUCCAUUCCCUGAAUUCACUCGAUGAAGUUAACUGCUGUUAUGGUAACCUCUUUGCAGUUCGAAGCUCUCUAACAGACAUAAAGACUUGGCUACCUUCUGAUGUUACUUUACCGUCUUCAUUAAAUCAUCAAAAAGAAUCACCAGUAACAAAUAAAGAAAAUAGUGAAAUGUAUUGUUUUCAGAACUACUUUUUAUGUCAAUGCACUUUAGUUUAGAUUCUGAUGAAGUUCAAGCUAAAGAUAUUCUGAAGCUUUCAACUGCAAAAGAAGCUCCCAAUAAUUCUGACUUUCAUAAAGCCAGCAUAUUUAACAAACCUGCAGCCAAGAAUAACAAGAAAAUCAAAAGACUUAAUGCGGAUACUCAGCGUUCACUAGCUGCAAUACUUCCACGUGCUACUCCAAAUAAACAAGAUGAUCUUCUUUCCGUACUUCUUAGUCACAAAUAGUAUGCUGCUUGAGAUUAUUGUACAGUUCCAUAAUCGAAUAUUUACCUAUUUGUAUUAUUUUUAUUGUAAAUAUGUAAAUUUCGGGUGUAUCGAUAAUAAAUUUCUCUAAAUUUA